UUUGUCACCACCACCACCACCAUGCUUUCGCCCUCCACGUUGGCGCUGGCCCGACAGGCGCCCCCAGUGAGGCCGUCUCGGUCUCUGGAGGGACUAGAACAAGUGAUCCCCCCGCGAGUUCCCCAGUCUCCCGCUCGCCCGACGCCGCACUUGGACAAGCCGCUCCCCGAUCUGCCUGCCCACUCCAAGCCUCUGCCCGACACCCCCUCCAUGGACGAAGGGUCCGCCGCCUGGAGUGACGACAGCAGCACCCUGUCCAGCAUCUAUGACCGGCGCUUUUCCUGCGAUUCCACCGAGAGCUACCCCGUCUUCGUCCGGUCAGGAUCGGACGACCUGACCGAGUUGGCCGAUCAUCCUCCCGCUCCCGCUCCCGCCGACCCAUAUGGGGCCGAACCAAAGUCCACGCCGCUGCCCAUCACCGCAACCUUCCUUCAUGACGACUCCUCCGAACGCCCACCGGCCUGGACGGCGCCCCGGGCUGGUCCCAACCACUACUUCCGGGAGAAGAAGUGGGACUUUUUCCCUGAGCUGGCCGACCCCUCCGCUGUGCCGUCUUCCCCGCGAUUCCCGACGCAGCCCCCGAAAAAGAACAACAGUCGACUGAAUCUCGCGGUGUUCGACUUCUCCAAGGGUCGCAACCGUUGGCAUUCAUCGGACAAGGGCGGUCGAGCGAUCGCACACGACGUGCGAGACUCGAUUCGCUCCUAUGUCCAGCGGCGACUGUCCAAGAACUCAAUGGAGAAGGACAGGCCUCACCAAACAUCGCGCCCAGCGACAGACCCGCCGGAGUAUGUGCGCAAACCCACACCAACCCCUACCACACCGCGGACCACCCCGUCCAAGGAACUCUCCGACGCUGAAAGCCCGAGACCUCUUCUGACUCCGCAGACUGCCUCGCCUUCGGGGAAGCGCCUAUCACGCAUGUCCACCCGCUCGACGGUGGGCCCCCGCGGGAAACGCCCACGCUCUGUAGCGUUCCAACGAACCAAGCAACCGGCCGUGCCCAUGUCGCCGUACCAGAAAUACGGCUCGGCGCUGUGGGAGAACCCCGGCCGCGAGAAACGGAUCAGCUACCGACAGAACCAUCGUGUGCGGUUUCCCCGAUAUCGAAAAAAGGGCACCUCCUCGAAGAAAGGCUUUGUGUCCUCGGCGACACCGCCGCUGACGCCACCCGCGCGCUCUCAAUUGCAGCAGAACACGCGAGACUGUGUCCGGGCGUUGCAAGACAGCACAUACCACCUGCUCGGUGCUCUCGACGGCGCGCGGAAGAAGAUGAUCGGUACGCGAGUCGAUCGACGGCAUACGGAGCUGAAGUCGCAGAUCCGUCUCGUUGGUCCGGUCAGUCCGUAUAACAACAACUAUGGACAGUCUGAUCCGUGGAUCUAGUGAA